GACUUCCUCUGGACUUCCACAACACUGAGAUCCUGACUGAUGUUACAGAGUCCACCUCAGUGGACGUGCUGCUGACAAACCUCAUCCAGGGGGAAACUGCUUCCCUCUGCUCGCCUCUGGAUAACCACACGACCUGCAGCAGCCAAUCAGAUCCCUCCUGAGUGUGUUGACAUGGUGACAGAGGUCAGAGGGUUCACUGACCCUCAGAAGGAGGACUACUUCAGGAAGAGGUUCAGAGAUGAGGAGCAGGCCAGCAGGAUCAUCUCCCACAUCAAGACCUCACGAAGCCUCCACAUCAUGUGCCACAUCCCAGUCUUCUGCUGGAUCACUGCUACAGUUCUGGAGGAUGUGUUGAAAACCAGAGAGGGAGGAGAGCUGCCCAAGACCCUGACUGAGAUGUACAUCCACUUCCUGGUGGUUCAGUCCAAACUGAAGACCAUCAAGUAUGAUGGAGGAUCUGGGACAGAUCCACACUGGAGUCCAGAGAACAGGAAGAUGAUUGAGUCUCUGGGAAAACUGGCUUUUGAUCAGCUGCAGAAAGGAAACCUGAUCUUCUAUGAAUCAGACCUGACAGAGUGUGGCAUCGAUAUCAGAGCAGCCUCAGUGUACUCAGGAGUGUUCACAGCAGAUCUUUAAAGAGGAGAGAGGACUGUACCAGGACAAGGUGUUCUGCUUCGUCCAUCUGAGUGUUCAGGAGUUUCUGGCUGCUCUUCAUGUCCAUCUGACCUUCAUCAACUCUGGAGUCAAUCUGCUGUCAGAAGAA